UAGGUGCAAACCAUGCAAUUGGAAAACAGUCGGUCUCUCUUCCCUUCUCUCUCACUCGGUCUCUGUCUUUAUCGCAGAAUCGCAAAGGCCGAACGAAACCCUAAAAACCAGGUGUGUCGUCCUCUCCUUCCACCUCCCCAAGCUCUCUUGCACGGCCUCUCACUAGUCACCGCUCACCAAGUCGCCAAUCACCAUUGUUUUCCCCCUUCUAGUCGCGUCCUCCACCACUAGCUGUUAAGUGCUCACUUCGCCACUCCAAUCUUAAGGAAUUCAGGUGCAGCCAUGGCACUGCAAUAGCAGCAAGUUUUGCACUGCGCUUCUUCAUCGUCACAGCCUUCCUUCCAGUUCUUUCCAAACCCUGGCUUCUUCAAUCCCCACCUCACCACCUUCGCCUCCCACAGCAACCCCUUCCACCUCUAAUUCCCUCCACCACUCCCCAAACCUUCACUUUCUGCAGCUCCGACCUAGCUCCUCGCCCUCAGGUACUCCGUAUUUUUGUUAUUGUUUCAGCCAUUGUUCAAAGUUUUAAUAGCUCAUUAAAUUGAAUUCUUGAUUAACUUGAAUUUCAGGCUCCUCAAUUUUAUGAACUUAGGAUUGUGAUUAUCUUAAUAACAAAUUAAGAGUCAAGUUAGUUGUAAUUGAGGGUUUUACUUGUUAUCAAGGGAAUUUGUUAGAAGUGCUAGCUGGCAGUAGUCAUACUUUGUGUAUAAGAGCACUUGCUCUUUGGUUUGAAAACAGAUCAGAAUUUACAAAAAGAAAUUAAACACAAAAAUAUUUGGAGCUCUGCUCCUUCUUCUCUCCUUCCCUCUUCUUCCAUAGCUUUCUUGUGCUACUUGCAGGUUGAUUAAGGGAAUUGAGAAUUGGAUCGUAUCAAUGGUAUCAUCCUUCUCGAAUCUUGGUUUCCCUCCUAUGCACACACACCCACCUACGUUUUGUGCCAUGGUUGCUGCGAACAAGGAUUCACUUCGCAAGACCUUGGAUGCUUUAUUCGCACCCUACCUUGCUAAGAUCCGCCAUGCUCGUGAGUUGGCUCUCAACGCUGAAGGAGACUCCACCCUAACCCCUAUGUUCGCUAUCAGCAAUGGGGGAGUUUCUGAUCCAACCCCGACGAUUUCCAAUGACAUGAAAUCAAUCAAUCUCGAUCAUCCCGGACUUCAAGGAGACGACAAUCCGCUGAGACUUCUAUCGCCAAUCGAAGUCCAUUCCAUUCCGCCGUUGUUUUCGUCAUCACCAGUGUUGCGAGAAAUUGCAGCUCCGUCGAUCAAGCCACAGUCGAACUCGAAAGCUUCAAUGGCAGCCCACACCAACAAUAGCAAACCAUUUUUGAGCAAUCAGGAAGCUCCAACAAGUGUGCAGGGUCUGGGUUUAACUCUUAGUAAUGAAAGAGCCAAAGCUUUAGGCCCCUUUCAAUGGUUACUACAUGACGCCAGUGAUAACAUCAACAUUAAGGGUUAUGGAGACCACAGAAGCGUCAAAUUACAGAUUCUUCGCCUCUGCAAGUAGCCGUCAACGAAUACAAACACCACCAAACGUAGACAUCAGGUAUUGAGAUCUUUGAUGUACAAGUUUAAAAAUCGGAAGGCCAUGUGGCAUUGGUUUUUCCAUGGUUUCCUUGCAUGUUAUACUGAUGGCAAGAUGGUCACGAAUGAUGUUUAUGUGAAUGAGAUUAAUGGGUGGGUCAGCAUGUAUGAGGUUGGCAAAUUGAUGAUGGUUUUGAAUGCAGAGAAAGUGUUUGAUGAAAUAGCUAAGAGACAAAGCAAGGAUGCUGCAGGAAACCUCUUCGAUCGAAUGACCGCUCUUUUUCAUAACAAGGUUGUAUGCUCUCAAUUUUUCAUAACUAGGGGUGAAUUCUGGAAUGGAUGGGAUCCAGGAGGCAGAUUAGUUAAAAUUCUAGGGGUGAUACUCUGUUCCAAGCACCAGGAGAACCGUUGUGACAAGUACUCUCAAAUUUUUAUCCUACAGCUUGACUUCAUCAAUCAUGCAGUGCAUUUUUCUUGUCUACUGCAAGUGCUACAAUAUGAGAAAGCUACUGUUAUCCGUGAAAUUGUUUUUGAUACUUCAGGUGGUCGCCAGUCCUUUAUUGGUUCACUUCUGAGAUCACAAAACACUUUGGAAGUGCUUUAUUUGAGGAAUGUGGCAGGGCACAAUAUGUAUCACAAAACGAGGGAGUGGCAUGACGAUGUCCUUUGGAAGAUCAAACGGCUGAAUGAGAAGGGAGUGGUAUCGGUUAUGAACAAUACCGAAGGACAAACAAACUAUGAAGGUUUUUCUGGUUGUAUCAGAAAGGGUGAUGAACUUGUUAUUGAUGGUGUAAUGGCACACUUUGAAGUCCUUGAAAAAUUAGGAAGCGGCAUGCGUUGUAAGUGCACACACCCUGGUCUAUUCCUGCUUCGAGCCAAAUUCAGGUUUUGGAGAGAUAUGAAGCUUGUAAAAAGGAACUAUGAGCUCCCAACUCUGUCUACUAAGGAUCGGUCUAACAUUGAAUUCAGAAUCUCUCAAGGAGUUGAUUUUAUUGUCAUGUCAUUUGUAAACGAAGCUGAAUCUGAGAAGCAUUUGAAAAAUCACCUCUUCACUAACAAAAGAAUUAUUGCUUUAAUGCUUUACAAUGGUGGAAGAAUUGGUUAUGGAAGAGAAAUUGCAAAAUGCUGCUAGGCAAAUGGGGAGUUGUGGAUGUAAAUGAUUGUUGCAGUUGUGCUACAUAUUUGGUGGAUUCCAGGAUAGUAGAUGGCAGACACCUAUGUAUUACUACGAACUCUCAGGUGGUAACCUUGUACACCUACUUACCAACUUCUUGUAAUUCACUGAGGAAGGUGAAUGACAGGGUUAAAGCUUUGGGUCAUCUUAUGUCAACAACUAUUUUGUCUCAAUGGAAGACUAUCUUGCUUGAAUAUGGUUUCACAUAUGCUAGUAUAGAGUUGGACAGGUUCAUACUAAGCAGGUCCGCAAUGGAUUUUGAUUUUGCAAACAUGAUGCUAUUUAAAGGUAGGAAAGGCCCUAUUGAGAUGAUCUUGCGUGAGUUCUCUUCUCUGAAACAGGAUAAACCAGCAGAGCCCCAAAGACACAUUCCUCAACCUUCAGAGAAGACAGUGGAUGCUCCACACCUAGUAGAUGAUUACUACCUCAAUUUUUUGGUUUGGGGAAGCUGCAAUAACCUUGUAAUAGCUCUUGCAAGCACAGUUUAUUUGUGGGAAGCUACCAAUCUAUCAGCUUUGUCAAGAAUUAAGGCUUUGGACUGGUUGGGACAUGUGGAUGAGAUUGUAAAUGACCCUGACUAUAAAUUGGAGUUCCCGAUUUCCGAUGACAAACUUGGUCCUCCUACAAUAAGUUUCAGUGAUGCAACAUGCGAACCCGUUUUGUUUAGGAAUUUAAAUUUUGGAAUUGACCUUGACAGCCGCAUCACAUGGUUUGGGCCAAAUGGUAUUGGUCAAUCAACGAUACUCCAACUAAUUGCAAGAGAGCUACAACCAAUUUCUGGGACAGUUUUCCAUUUGGCUACGGUUUAGAUCGCUGUGUUCAGUCAGCACCGCAUUGACGGGUUAGAAUCAUCUUCUAAUCCCUUAUUGUAUAUGAUGCGCUGCUUCCCAGGAAUGCCUGAACAAAAUCUCCAACCUCACGUGGGUUCUUUUGGUGUCACUGGGAAUCUAGCACUCCAGCCUAGGUACAUGUUGUAUGGUGGUCAGAGGAGCAGAGAUGCGUUUGCCAAGAUAACUACCAUGAAACUGCACAGAAUACUGCUUGGUGGGCCCUCCAAUCAUCUGGAUUUGGAUGUUGUGGAGGCACUAAUCCAAGGUCUUGUUCUUGUCCAGGGAAGCAUUCUCACAGUUUGUAACAGCAAGCACCUGGUCUCUGGAAGUAUGGACUACAAGAAGAUACCGUUGGUGCAAUCCUCGUGGGCAAAAAGUUACCAACCAUUCAUCCAUCACUCAGAUUUUGGAAACAUAACAAUUGAAUUGAAAACAUGUCCUUUCACAAGUGUGUUGCUGCAAGUUUUUAUGCUUCAUAAUUGGUGGUCUUAUGCUUCUUCCUUAGCUCCCAAAGUUGAGCCUUCCACCACCUUGCUAGUGAGCACAAAGGAAGGUCUAGUGCAGAAAGUCUCCUCACAAGCAGUAUUGACUUAGCAAAAUUCUCACAUUCCUUCCAAGAACAACAAAUUCACACUUCGGUUGCAAGACUCCUUUGUUGAACUUCACUGCAAACAGUUCCAGAUUUCAUGUUCUAAUCCUAUCCUUGAGGACAAGGUUGUUCUUCAAGGGAAGGGCAAUGUUAUGAACUUAGGAUUGUGAUUAUCUUAAUCACAAAUUAAGAGUCAAGUUAGUUGUAAUUGAGGGUUUUACUUGUUAUUAGGGGAAUUUGUUAGAAGUGCCAGCUAGCAGUAGUCACACUUUGUGUAUAAGAGCACUUGCUCUUUGGUUUGAAAACAGAUCAGAAUUUACAAAAAGAAAUUAAUACCUAACCUUGUUUAUUCUAUAUACAGGAAGGACUUACAGAGCAAGUCGAAUAUUUCUGCUGUGGUAAAUGAUUGCUCUUAUUAUGUUUGAAAGAAAAUGCUCCAAUUUAUUUUGUUCUUCGUAUAUAGCUUCUUUUAUUCAUGGCACUCGUGGGAUGAUCUUUUAAGAUGGUCUUUUGAAUGGAUUAUUACUGGUUUUGCUUCUUAGUAAUUCUAUAUGUUUUUACUUGGAUAUGGUAAAAUCCAAGAUCCAUUUGGUUCGUAAUUUGAUGUGUGUACUCUGGUGCAGCCUAAAUUCCAUCUCUUUCAAGAUGGGAAGAAGGUGGCUGAAGUUGUUGGUGCUGAUGUUGCUCGCUUGAGAGACACUUUUGGAAAACUCUACAAGUAAUUCUUUAGUACAUUACACUACACUUGUGUGCUUUCUCAUUUGUGAAUGCAGUGUUUGUAUUAAAUGCAUAAUAGUUUUUAGUGGUUCAAGUUUCUCCAAAUGUGAUCAGUUCUACCUCAAUUUAUAUUAAACCCUAUCGUAGGAUUUCCAUUUCAUGUGUGUGUGUGUGUAACUAAAACUAUUGGUGUUGAUGACACUUAGAAAGUAGCUAGUGAAAACGUGGUAGUUGCAUAAUUCAUUUGCACUUGUGCCUUUGGAGCUUACUGCUGGACCAUAUGAUAUACCAUUUUGAGAUUCAAAAACCAAAAAACUCUCCGCAAUGUGGAACCUUCUGUGGUGCUAUUGUUAUGUGAUGACGGUUUAGGUGAUCAACUGUGUCCAUGACUUUUGGUGUCAAUGACUCUCCCUUAGAUGGUCGUGACGGUACCCAUGUAAGUCAUAAUUUUUUUCCUGUUUGCAAUCAGUUAUUAACUUAUUAUACAUGCUCUAUUUAUACUACAUUUUAUCAUCAAUGUCCGUAUUUUUCAUUGAGCUGUUUUCUUGUUAUAGUGGAAACACAUGCACUUUAUUUCCUCACUUUGGUUUAAAAUCAUUGAUUUAUGAAUUAUCUGUACUUGAUGCACGCCUCGGAUAAAGUGACGGAAAUUAUAUGGACAAAAUGUAUAUGGGAAGAGUAGAGACUUGACAGUUUGGAUCAUAAUUCAUUCUUUAUCAUCUAUUUAUUUUCCUAAAUUUGACGUUGGAGUAGGGUCUGAUUUACAUGUGCUAAAUUAAGUUUUUUCGAUGUAUGGGGAAGGCGCGGGUUCGUGAGACGGGUGCCUCCUCUUCCAGAUCGACAAUAGGACAGGUCAGCACUGACGAAGGAAGUGGCAACCCUAAAAGGUUAGCUUGCGGCCCAAGAAGCAGCCUGGGAAGCCGAGAUUGCAGCCCAGUUAUCGGCCCAGAAUGAUAAGAUGAGUAUGAUCUUACAAGCUUUACAGAUGUCCGGCCUUCAAAUCUCGAUGCCAGCACCUGAUCUUGCUCCACUUUCAACCUCCCAACCACUUUGCCCAUUCAAUACCCAGUAGCCAAACAUAGAUGACUACUUGUUGUAGUUUUUUCUUUUUUGUUCGGACAUCUUGUAUAUACAUUUUCAUAUAUUUUAUAAUUAAAUACUUUUUCUUGGUUUA